AUGCAUCACGGCAUGAGGACCCGUUAGCCCCCGUCAGGAUGAGGUUGGCAGGGCCUCUACGGAUUGUGGUUUUCAUGCUGGUCCUGGCUCUGCUGUGGAUAGUUGGCAGUCUCGUCACUGGGCAAGGCAGCCCCUUCAACAGACUUCACCUGAUGCUGAGCGGGCCCCAGGAACUACCUACAGCAGGUGAGGUACUCAUGAGCAGCGUAAAGAACAACGUUGGUCGAGGUCUCAACAUCGCCCUGGUCAAUGGGGUGACGGGGGAGCUGAUGGACACCAAGUCUUUCUUCGACAUGUGGGCUGGAGACAGUGGCAUCAACGAGCUGCUGAAGUUCCUACGCCCGGUCUACGAGGGAACGCUGGUGUUUGUGGCUUCAUACGACGAUCCCGCCACCAAGAUGAACAGUGAGGCAAAGAAACUAUUCAGUGAGCUGGGCAGCAAGGCCGUGCAGGUCCUGAGUUUCCGCGACAGCUGGGUCUUUGUAGGAGCCAAGGGGAUCGACAACAAGAGCCCCUUCGAGCAGCACGUGAGGAACAACAAGAACACUAACAAGUACGAGGGGUGGCCGGAGGCGGUGGAGAUCGAGGGCUGCAUCCCCCAUAAGGUGCUCUGACCCCUCACCCCUGACCCCCACACACUCGCCCCUCACCCCCUGGAGCGACCAGCGGCCCCACAGGGAACAAAUCUCAC